UCUAGAGGCACAAUAAUUAACGCAACCCUCUGGGGAGAUCUUGCAUAUUGUGUUGAUGAUGAUAUUAUAGGACUAAAAAGCAAACCAAUCAUUAUUUUGGCUGCUAUGACAGUUGGAGAAUACCAAGGACAACCAUCUGUUGCUUCAUGCUCUGCAUCCAAAAUUUAUGUUGACUUAAAUAUUCCAAUUGUGGCAGACAUGAAAGCUAGAUUCGAUGAAAAAAAUGCACCAGUAUUACUGCUUGAUGUCCGCCAACGACCACAAAUACCACCUGAUCAACAAGAAAAUCAUAAUCGUGUGACGAUUAAGCAAUUGCUGCAAAUUGAUCACUCCAAAACACAAAUAGAGACAUACACUUGCAUUGCAAAAAUCAAAGAAUUUGAUUGCACAGAAGGAUGGUAUUACAUCGGUUGCAAAAUAUGCAUGAAAACAUGCAACAAAUAA